AUGGAGAAAAGCGAUCAAGAACAACUAUAAGAAAAGACCACUACCCCAGAUUAGAUGCUGAUCCAAGGCAAGGUAGAUAGAUUUAAGGGCAUGGAAUUCUCACCACCUAAGUGCCAUUUAAUGAAUGUGGCUGUGAAACAUGGAUUCUACUUUCAUCACGCUAACGCCAAAGGAGGUUAUGUGCUCAUGUGCUUAUGGCUUGAUUAAACCACUCAUGAUAAGAUCCCUUCUUACCCUGAUCAUUACACUGGAGUUGGAGGCGCUAUAAUAAAUGACAAGGAUGAGAUUCUCAUGAUUUAGGAGAAUAGAUCAGCUGAGCCGAGACCUUGGAAGCUUCCAGGAGGCUUUAUGGAUCCAGGUGAGACUAUCAAGCAAUCAGCAGAGAGAGAGGUCUACGAAGAGACUGGUAUAAAGUCUGAAUUUGUUGGACUACUAGGAAUCAGAGAGCUUUUGCAGUUCAAGUAUGGAGCUACUGAUCUUUAUAUCGUGUGCUUAAUGAAAAUGAAUGAAGGUCAGGAGAUUAAUAUCUUAGAUAAACGAGAGGUGCAUGCAGCUCAGUGGAUUCCGAUCAGAGAGAUCAUAAGCAAUGAGGAUGGGAUAUGCAAGUACAAGCUAUUUCAAAAUGCCUACCAAUUCGUCUCUGGAAUCAAUAAACUAUACCUAGAAUAUAAGCAGGGAGAGGAGGAAGGCAUUAGCAAUGCUGGCAGUUUAAGUGAGUAUGUGAGGAGUUAAGCAAUGACAUACUCUGAAUUUGAGCCCAAAAAUACAAGCUCUGCUAAGUACUCAAUCUCAGAGGCUAACACUUGGAAGUUUUACUUGCCGUAAGCCUUCAAGUCUGAAACUAAGCUGUGA